AUGAUUGAUACAAAUUUGGUGUGGAACCUUAGGGGCUUGGCUACUUCUCGGAAGCGCCUUAAGAGUUUACUCAAAAAACAUAGAGUGGGUAUUGUGGAAAUUUUGGAGCCAUUCCAAGAUGCUGGGAGAAUGAAUCGUUUGGCUUCGUAUUUGGAGUUUCCUAAAUUUUGCAGUAAUGAAUCUUUGGGGGGGAAAGUUUGGAUUUUCUGGAAAGAGAUAUAUGAUUUUGGAGUUGUGCAUAUGUCAAACCAAGCAGUUUCGGGAUGGCUGUGUUUGGCUUCUUACCGUAUUAUGGUGACCUUUGUCUAUGCAAAAUGCUCUCAGAUAGAGCGUAGAGGGCUGUGGGAGGAGCUUGAAAAUGUUCAGGUUAAUGAGUCUCCAUGGUUGGUGGUCGGGGACUUCAAUGCAAUUCGUUCAGACGCUGAACGGAUUGGGGGCAACCCAAGGUCAUUGUUGGCAAUGACGGAAUUUAAUGGUUGUGUGGAUACUUGUGGUCUUGUGGAGAUGCGUUUUCAAGGCCGAAUGAUGUCGUGGUGUAAUGGUCAUGUGGGAUCUUCAAGAAGUUGGGCUCGCCUAGAUAGAGCCUUGGUAAAUAUCGAUUUCUCUACUAAUUUCGGGUCGGCUUUUAUGGAAUAUUUAACGAGGAAGUCGUCUGAUCAUUGUUCUAUGGUGGUGCAUCUGAGUUUGCCGAGAUCGUCGUAUGGGCCAUCUCCUUUUCGUUUUCAAAAUAUGUGGUGCUUGCAUGAGUCUUUUAUUAUGUUUGUAGAGGAUGUCUGGGUGCAACUAGAAUGUAGUCAUGGUCUUUUGAGGUUGGCGGCUAAACUGAAGAAGCUUAAAGUGGCAUUGAAAACUUGGAAUAAAAAUAUUUAUGGUAGGGUUGAUCUCACUAUAAAGGCACUAGAGGAAAAAAUGGAGUUGCUUGAUUUUCAGCUCCAAGAAGCACGAGACCCAGCAGUGGAAGCAGAGUUCCUAUUGACAAAGAUGGAAUUAGCUGAGUGGGAGGCUAGGGAAGAAUGUAGAUGGGCACAAAAAGCAAAGCGGAAAUGGCUUCAAGAAUGGGGGCUUCAAGAAUGGGAGCAGAAUUCCAGGGUUUUUCAUGCCACAGUUAGUCAAAGAUGGAAGGCCUCUGUUGUGUCGUCCAUGCGUCUAGCAGAUGGGACAAUGUUAGCAACGCCGGAGGAGAUUCAUCAGGGGCUCUAG